CAAACACAUCUGCAGGUGGGGACGCGCAGAAUAAAAGACGGGCCUCCUGCCUCGUCCUCAUGUUCUGCGCUUCGAGAGCCGAGGAUUGGCACACAGUUCGGUCUGGAUUGUUUAUGAUAAAUGAAAGUAUUGCUUAGUAAUAUGAAACGUUGGCGUCAUUUAUGGCAUAAUUCUUGACUGUGAAGGAGCAAAACUCUUCAGUUCGCACUCCAGAACGGUGGCGAUUGGGCUGAAAGCCUUGUCUAUUUGACCUAAAGCAGCAGGGAGAAGCGAAGCACAUGUCCCAGGGAAAACAGGGCAGGCAAACCAAAACAGAGAGAAAGUUCGAGGUGGAGCUGAGAGAAGACAGCCGACAGAUUUCAGCACAGCCCUGGUCCUCACAGGCUGCGCCAAGAUCCAUCGGAGUCAGCUUGGACUGGGAGGACGCUGACACCAUCGCAGGCAAACAUACAGCAAACACCCUGAUGAAGAUGAACAUGACUAUACGUUAAUAUCAAAUGGUACUGCUCACUGUCCCGACUGCCUGAAAUACUAAUACCAGUCGUGAUCUUAAGGGACGUUUCGAACUUUUAAAACUAGUCAUCUAGGAUACAUUUUUUAAUUAGUUAAUUAGUUUUGUCAUUUAACAGAUGUUUUUGAGUACUAAAACUAGUCAUAAUCUAAGAGACAUCUGGGACUACUAAACAAAUCAUCUAAAGAGACGUUUGGGACUAAUAAAUUUGGAAAGACAUUUAAGAGACGUUUGGGACUACCGAAACUUGUCAAGUCAUCUAAGAGACAUUUGGGACAAAUACACUUGUCAAGACAUCUAAGAGACAUUUGGGAUUACCAAAACUAAUCAAGUCAUCUAAGAGACGUUUGGCUCUACUGAAACUAGUCAAGUCAUCUAAGAGACGUUUGGCUCUACUGAAACUAGUCAAGUAAUCUAAGAGACGUUUGGGACUACUGAAACUAGUCAAGACAUCUAAGAGACGUUUAGGACUACCGAAACUAGUCAAGUCAUCUAAGAGACGUUUGGGACUACCGAAACUAGUCAAGUCAUCUAAGAGACGUUUGGGACUACUGAAACUAGUCAAGUCAUCUAAGAGACUUUUGGGACUACUGAAACUAGUCAAGACAUCUAAGAGACGUUUAGGACUACCGAAACUAGUCAAGUCAUCUAAGAGACGUUUGGGACUACUGAAACUAGUCAAGACAUCUAAGAGACGUUUAGGACUACCGAAACUAGUCAAGACAUCUAAAAGACAUUUGGGACUACUGAAACUAGUCAAGACAUCUAAGAGACGUUUGGGACUUCUGAAACUAGUCAAGUCAUCUAAGAGACAUUUAGGACUACUGAAACUAGUCAAGACAUCUAAGAGACAUUUAGGACUACCCAAACUAGUCAAGUCAUCUAAGAGACAUUUAGGACUACCGAAACUAGUCAAGACAUCUAAGAGACGUUUAGGACUACCGAAACUAGUCAAGUCAUCUAAGAGACGUUUGGAACUUCUGAAACUAGUCAAGUCAUCUAAGAGACGUUUGGAACUUCUGAAACUAGUCAAGUCAUCUAAGAGACGUUUGGGACUAAUAAAUUUGUCAAGUCAUCUAAGAGACGUUUGAGGUACUACAGGUGCAACUAUCUGUCAUUAUGGAAUCAAUCCUGGAUCCCUCUGCCCUGCCUGACCCCACCCCAACAGUGACCUAUGACCCUAAGUCUGAAACAGUCACCCUUCCCACCAGGGUGGUCUCUGUGGCAGGUGUCACCGUGGUAACUGGGGGCACAGAGAUGACCUGGGGCUCCUGCCUGUUGGCCUUUGGGUUUUGGGGCACUCUGGUUGGCCUGAGUUCGGUUUCCGUGGGACUGUGGGACUCAGCGCACACCAGUGAAAACACCUCCAUCCUACUGGUUUUGGGCUUGGUGAUUCUGGCUAUCAGCUCGGGUGUCGUGCUCGGGGUUGUAGGGUUCCGUUCCAUAAUGAAGAAGAGAGGACUGACGAGAAGAGAGAGGGAAGAAGGGAGAGUUGUGCUGGUUGCUGAAGAUGGAAUGAAUGUUAUUAAAACUGUGACUGUGUGAAAACGGAAAGAGGCAAAUACUGAUUGCGCUUCGUUGAAGUUACACUACAGUUCAAAGGUUGGAGUUACGCUUUUCAAUAAUAUAAAUCAGUUUAACCAGUUUAACUGAUAGAUGUGUAAGAUAAAAGUUUGUCUCCACAGCUUUAUAAUUUCUAAUUAGUAAGGCGACAAAAAUGAAGGCAUGUCAAAUGUGAUGAACAGAGCUGUGGAAUAUUGAAUAUCAGUAGAAUAUCAGAAUCACUUAAAUGAUCUAAAUUUGAUUUUUUUUUACGUCUGUUGAUUCGGGGCUGAAAGUUUUUUUGUAAAAUGAACUAAAUUUGAAUUUUUAUGAAAAUUUUGUAAAAUACACCAAAUUUGAAUAUUUUCAGUUGAUUCCGUGCUAAGAUUUGUAUUAAAUUAACUAAAAUUG